AUGAGCCGCGCGCACCAGCAGCCGGGCGGAGCCGGGAAGCUCAAGCCGACGCCGCGGGCGCUCUUCUCCUGCGGCAUCUUCAGCACCUGCACGCACCCGGCGCUCAGCCCCACCGCCACGCCCAACAACAAUGUCGCCCUGGGCAACGGCGGCGGUGCUCUCAAGGGUGGUGGAGGCGGGUCGGCCACCCCCUGCACCGACGGCACAGCCUCGCCGCUGGCGGAGGCGGUCGCGGCUGCCGCGCUGCCGUCGCCGCCGCAGUGGUACCAGAAGCAGAAGGCGGUGCAGGGGGUUAAUAGUAACGGUAACGGCGCCGGGCCGUCGUCGUCAUCCUCGUCCUCCUCCAGCUCCGCGUCCCAGAGCUUCACGCAGUGGCGGCUGCCCGUGCACCACCCGCCGCACGCCUCCGCGUCGGCGGCCGGGAAAGUGCCCGUCGGGGCCGACCACGCGCUCAUGAUGAGCGCGGAGGAGAAGUUCGCGGCCGGGGAGGUGGUUGCCGCGCUCCGGGCCGUGGAGCGGGAGAUGGAGGCCGCGGCCUCUCCAAAAGCUGUCCCCGCGGGCGUCGUGGCGGGGGUGGUGGCAGCAGUUCGCGAGCCGGCGACGGCCAGGCUGGCGGCGAAGGUGCUGCUCGUCGUCCUCCUAGAAGAAGGGAACCGGGAGGCGGCUCUCGACGCGGGCGCGGCGUCGGCGGCCGUGGAGGCCGUGGCGGCGUCCGGCCCCGCGGGCGCCACGGCGGAGCGCGCGCUGGCGUCGCUGGAGCUGCUGUGCACGGCGGCCGGCGGCGCCGCGGCGGUGAGGAGGGAGGCGCUGGCCGCGCCGGUGCUCGCGCGUGCCGUCGAGGGAAUGUCCGGGCGCGGACGGGAGUGCGCCAUCGGCGUCCUCGCGGCAAUCUACGGCGGAAGCGGCACCGAGCAGGGCGCGUCCCCGCCGCCCCCGGAGGUGGUGAAGGCGGUGGUGGGGGCGAUGCAGGGGGAGUGCAGCGCGCGCGGGCGGCGCAAGGGCGCGCAGCUGCUCCGCGCGCUCCAGGAGAACGGCUGCCUCGGCCUCGCCUGGGACGGCGUCGGCGGCUCCUGACACGCACGCCGGCCGACGAGGUCUCUCUCAGUCCAGCUCACUCACUCACUACUGUGCUCUACUCCACUCCAGAUCACAGGCUCAAGAAGAAGCGGGACCCGCUAGCAGCGACCGGACAGUGAGCACAGUGGAUCGCUGGAUCGGAUUUGGUGGCAUGGCGGGCCGGCCGGGCUGCAAGUUGUUGGUUUAGCGGUAGCGAUAAUGGUGGACUCAAGGCCCCCAGGCAGCUAUUGCAGUGGUGUCAGUCGCCCCUGUAGGCUCCGAUGAUUUGUACCAACUAAUUCAGUGA